UAAAGGUAACAACUCGCUUCAAAGUCGCGAUCCAUGUAAUGGAACAUGUUCCGUUAGCGAUCCAUUGCAACCAUUUCUUGAUUGUUUCAAUGGAUCACUAAUGGAACGCACUAACAAACACCAAAAAAAGCGGUUUUGAUAGUGUUUAUAAGGUGUUUUUAUAGUGUUUAUUAGGGAAAUUUUUGUUUGGGAUUCCAGUCUGCACAGGAUAAUGUCUCGUCACUUAUUGCUGCUGACCUGUAUGUUUGCUGGGAGAUGUUUUGCUGGUAACAGUACAUCGGUUUUGUCACGUAUACCGGAUACACUACAGAGGUUGUGUCCCGGCAUUAACAUUUGUCCUGAGAACCAGACAUAUCCAGCACCAGAAUACACAUUUUUUUCAGGAUAUGUGUCAUGCUGUUCUGAAUGUUCGUGCAGUUCUGAUUGCAACGAAAAUGGAAACUGUUGCUUUCCGCACAUACCAAAAGAUGACGGAAGACUGAAAGUUUCGCACACUUGUCUUUUCCCUGUAACACCUCAGCCGCCGAAACAAGAUAGACAACUUUACCAGUCUUACAGUAUGAUAUCGUCGAUUCCAGAAAAGGAUCACGGAGAUAGCACAACCGUACCCAAUACAUCUUGUGGUGAAGAAAAUGUAGCUCAUUGGGGCAGUCUGUAUCCUGUUUAUUCUGCAGAAUACAAACUACUAUACAAGAAUAUGGCAUGUGCAGCAGCAAAUGGUGUGACUGAUGGAAUGCUUUGGGAUGCCGUACUUAACUGUGACGACUACUUUCACGGAAUUAAAUUAGACGUUAGCAACUUUGUUCUGGGACUAGACUCCAACUAUAUUCCCGACGAAUGUGUAGUUAAUUUCGUAUACCGGGGCAACAUUGAAGACAUUAAAUCUCUGAAAUGCUAUACAGAUGUUAUUACAACAUGUCUCGACUCCCACUUUAAGAUCCCUGAUGAAGCUUAUGCUUCAGAAGAGGACAUAAUCGAGAUGUGUACAAGCGGACUAGUGUCACCAUUCAAAAGUGAUUUUAAAAUAUUUGCCAACGUGUUCUGCUUUAUAUGUAACAAUCAUUAUUUUCGGAAAGAGAUGGAGUGUCCAGACAUUGACUAUAAUGCCGGAAGAGGACCUAAAAGCCGUGGUCUCCAAGCUCUCCUUGAUGGCAACUUUAUGACUAAAGGUUGGAAGGAAAGCACCAGAGAGACAGGAGUAUUUCCAGUAGCUUGCAGCGUCAAUGAUAAGGGAAGUUGUAGACCAGUCCAUUGCCCAUCAGGUCAGCAACGUGCUCGAUCCGGCGAGUGCAUGUAUCCGCACAAACUUUGGUAUGACCAAGACUACAUAGUGUGCAUCAACCUCACAACGGACACGACCAUCAAUGUAACAGAUGUUUUUAAGAUACAACCGGGUUCCAAGAGGGAGUACUUGCCUCCAUUUAUAUCGCCAUGGCCAAAGGAUUGGUUUAUUUUUGCAAUAUUUUCUCAUAACGACAUAUGGACCAAAUUUUGCAAAUGUGCAUCUUUCCAGUUCCUACUUAAGAGAAAAUUAUCAGCAUCAGUACAGCCGAAACAUCUCGUGCAAACUGUAAAUAAAUUUGCCGCACGGGACUGGUCUCUGCAAAAUCGAAAUUCAUCACUCGUUUUCAAGUCACACAUUUCGCAUUUGUCGUACUCGGCUAAAGACUUUGCAGUACUUGACGCCAAUAGUAUGUUUUUCUUCGGGAAUAAUUCUAAAACAACUUAUAGAGUGUUAUACGUCAGAGGUCGACAUGGACUGAACAAAUUUCACAUUACAAAACUUUACUUCUGUAACCAAGUCGAACUGAAUCCACAUGAAAUUAUUCUUAGUCCAUACAACAGUAUGCUGUUUAACAAAAUUACGAAGCGCCACCUAUAUGAUGGAGAAUUUGCACUCGUAUGGAGUAAUGCGUACGAAGACGUGUGUGCACGGAUAUGUAUUGAAGACUCAGAAAUGUACGAAAUUUCCAACCACUCUGGCAUAAAUAGUUUUUCCGAAAACUAUUACGUCCGACUCAUUUUUCUUACAUUUGUUUGUUGUGUAGUUAACGGAUUAUAACAUAUGUCAUGGACACGUGCAAACAGGUACCUCAUAAGCAGAUUUGUAAAGUAUUUUCUUGCAUAAAGUAAAGUUAAUCUACAAUUACAGUGAUACCUGAUAUUUGGAUACUACUUGGUAUCAUGCAUUUUAAACGGCUUAGAUAAAGUAGCCAAAUCUUUUAUGUAAAUCAGGUUCUAGUCUUUCCUUGACUUCUGCGCUGUAUAACGCUUACUUGCCUAGCAGAGAAAGAGUAUAUCUUGUAAUUCUUCGUGACGAUGUCAUUAAAGAUUUUGACUUGCAGGUGUCCGCGAAGCACGAUACGACACUUACCUUAAAGCAGAUAGUUUCAUUUAGAUGGCUGUGACUUUCGUUUAAGUAUAUAUAACAAUGGACAGCUGAAGUAACAUAUUGUACGUAGGCGACCAAUAUGAAUCUUUUCCAUUCAUAUUGAAUAAGAGAAUGAUAUUUUAUUGAAAUCCAAAAACACUCAUACAGAAAACAUUUAAAAGAUUGUUAAGCAAGUGUUAUACUUUUGCCAUUUUUAUCCUUAGAUUUAGCACAACGGAGACGUGACAUUAAACUGUUUUUGAAGAACAAUAAAACAAAAUACAAAAGCAUAUAACCAAAUUAAAUGUACGAACAAUUUGGAACACACAUUUUCUAUGACCAAGGUGAACCAUACAUCUAUUACCAAUAUGGACCAAACUAAACCAAUUCACGGAUGGUAAUGUGCAAUUCAAUUCCCGCUGAGAAUAUGCUUAAACGGGUUGCGCGACAUCCGGUGCUGGUGUUGCGCAUCAGUAUAUACAAAAUUGACAUAGGUGGGAUUUUGUUAUUGUAAAUAAUCUACGACUGUUUUCGAAAAAAAAGCAAAAUGCUAUUCGAAACAAAACAAAAUAAAGAUCAUAUGUGUGAAAUGACAACUUCUAGAUUUAAGAAUCAACCCUGUGAUCACGAAAAGUCUGCAGACUCGAAAUAUCAAAGAAGUAUGAAAUCAUAAAAAUACAGAUUUUCUAACUCUUAUGCCUUCUUUUCUACAAUGUGACACUUCCCAAGAUAAAUACGUGUAAACCAGUCAUGAAUAUUACGUACACUUGACUAAAAUAAUGCUUUUGGGGGGAAAUAUUGGCAAAUAAAUAAUCGGGAAAGCGGUUGCGGCCCGGGAAUGGAAUCGCGCGUAUACAUUAUAUAUUCAAAUGUA